AUGACCUGGCAAAACUGCUCAGCAUCGACGGACUUUGUGUUCCUGGCCUAUUCUUCCCGCCCAGAGCUGCAGAUUAUGUCCUUCACGGGAAUAAGCCUGGUUUACACUUUGAUCCUCAUUGGGAAUGUUCUCAUUGUGCUGGCCAUCCAUUCCGAAACCCACCUGCACACACCCAUGUACUAUUUCCUGGGCAGCCUCUCGGGGGUAGAAGUAUGUUACACUGCUGUAGUUGUACCGCACAUGUUGGCUAACACGCUAAAGACACAAAGGACCAUCACCUACUUGGGAUGUGCCACUCAGAUGGUGUUCUUCAUCGGGCUGGGCAGCGCUGACUGCUUCCUCCUGGCUGCCAUGGCGUAUGACCGGUACGUUGCCAUCUGCUUCCCCCUGCAGUAUCCUCUCAUCAUGACGGUGAGUCUCUGUGGGCGCCUGAUUGUGGCCUCGGUCAUUAUUGGUUUCUUCCUCUCUAUACAACUGGUGGCCUUCAUCUUCUGUCUGCCUUUCUGCCAGGCUCGGGGCAUCAGCCACUUCUUUUGUGAUGUGCCACCAGUGAUGCAGCUUGUCUGUGCCAAGAGCCACCUCCAUGAGCACUCCGUGCUGGUGGCAGCCACGCUGGCUAUUGCUGUGCCUUUCCUCCUCAUCGUCACCUCCUACACCUUCAUAGUGUCCGCGGUGCUCAGGAUCCACUCCUCGGCUGGCCGCAGCCGGGCCUUCUCUACCUGCUCCUCCCACCUCACCGUGGUCCUGCUCCAGUACGGCUGCUGUGCCUUCAUGUACCUGCGUCCCAGCUCCAGCUAUUCCCCCGAGAAAGACCAGCUCCUCUCGCUGGUCUACACGCUGGGCACCCCACUACUCAACCCACUCAUCUACACCCUGAGGAACAAGGAAGUGAAAGGGGCCUUGAGGAAAGUGCUUAACAGACAAUAUCUGUCUUGGAGGAAAUGUGGCCAAGGUGUUCCUCUGAGGCAAGCAUAG